CCGUAGCGUUGCGCAUCUCCCUACUCAUUUCUGAUUACGAUUAGUUACGACGUCGCUCGUAGUUUUAAUAUUCCACGGUUGGUGGUUAACUUGCUUGCUGCUAAUAGCAUAAUAAAAGGUUCUGAAGAGUUGUCAAUCUGAACUGGAAGUAGACGAAUGAACGAGCAACAGAACGGGUCUAUUUCUCAGUGUACUUUUGCUAUUAUUCAAGAGUAACUAGGAUGAUUUCAGAACCGUUGUUGUUCGCGUUUGCAUUGGUGGAUACUGGGGCCGUGCUCUUUCUUCUGGUUUAUUUUGUAAUCACAUUAUCGGAUCUUGAGUGCGAUUAUCUGAAUGCUCCGCAAUGCUGCUCCAAAUUGAAUAGGUGGGUAAUGCCAAAGUUAAUAGCUCACGUAUUUAUUGUUCUUCUCAUGCUGCUGCACGGUCACUGGAUAUUAACACUAGUGAAUUUACCCAUGACCUUUUGGCUCGCCUACGAGUUCUUAACCGUACCUAUGGGUAAUAUGGGUGUUUACGAUCCCACGGAAAUUCAUAAUCAUGGACAACUCAAGGUUCACUUCCGAGAUUGUAUGAUCUAUCUAGGAUAUUAUCUCAUAUUCUUCUUCAUAUAUCUCUACUGUAUAAUCAUUGCGCUCUUAAAGGGAGAUCCGAUCAACAGAAGUGACGACGAUGUGGUCGUCUUUUAGGUCUUAGAAAUAAAAAUUCUUGUGUGAUAACACUUUGUUUAACUGUAUUUUAUACGUAUCAUUUGUUGUUUUGUAUGCUGGUAUAAGUUCCAUAAUUUAUUGAAAGAUCUUCACUCAUUUCUAUCGUCUCAAUCCAACAGUGGUUUCAUCUCUUGGGAAAUCUCAACGUUCUUUCACGCAACAUUCAAAAUAUUGUUAUUCCUCGUCGUAAAAUUUUUCAUUGUUUAAGAAGUUUUAGCAGGUGCCGUGCAGUGCAUCUCUUUUGUUUGAUAGAUGUCGAGGGAAGGGCUUAGGUUCUCUAGUCGCGUCGGCGAAGAUUUUUCAUUGUAACGGUGAUGACAAUUAUAAAGCUAUAUUUAAAAAAUGUU